AACACGAACACAUUUGCAGCUAUAGCGCAGAGGAAGGGCAGAUCGAAUAACAGUGUUGGUUCGUUCUUACAAUGGGUGAAGCUCCUGCGGUGCUGUAUGUGAACAGCAAUAAUAACGGCUUCUCCAAAUUUGGCCAUGAAACUGACCAGAACUUCACCAACCAUCACGAUUCUUCAACGUCCUGGUUUGAGGAAGUCAUCGAUCACCAUCUCAAAUGGUCUUUCGCUCUCAACAGCGUCCUUCAUAGAGGAAUUAGUCAGUACCAGGAUAUUGCUCUCUUAGACACCAAGCAUUUUGGCAAGGCGCUAGUGAUUGAUGGGAAGAUGCAGAGUGCUGAAUCAGAUGAGUUCAUUUAUCACGAAUGCUUGAUUCAUCCGGCUCUCUUGUGUCAUCCCAACCCAAAAUCUGUAUUUAUAAUGGGAGGAGGCGAAGGUUCUGCUGCUAGAGAAGCCCUCAAGCACAAGUCAUUAGAGAGGGUGCUCAUGUGUGACAUCGACCAGGAGGUGGUAGAUUUCUGUCGCCAAUACUUGACUGUGAAUAAGGAGGCUUUCUCUAAUAAGAAGCUUGACCUUAUAAUCAAUGAUGCCAAGGGAGAAUUGGAGCAGAGGAAGGAGAAGUAUGAUGUAAUAGUUGGGGACUUGGCAGACCCAGUGGAAGGAGGGCCUUGCUAUCAACUAUAUACCAAAUCCUUCUACCUCAACAUCCUCAAACCCAAGCUCAAUCCCAAUGGCAUUUUCGUCACCCAGGCUGGACCUGCAGGCAUCUUCACCCACAAGGAGGUCUUCACUUCCAUAUACAACACAAUCAAACAGGUCUUUAAAUAUGUGACGCCGUUCGCAACUCAUAUACCAUCUUUUGCUGAUACUUGGGGAUGGGUUAUGGCUUCCGACCAACCCUUUUUGAUCGGGGCUGUCGAAAUGGACAAAAGAAUCCAAGAAAGAAUAGAUGGCGAGUUGCUCUAUCUCAAUGGCUCUUGGUUCCACUCCUCUGCCACCAUGAACAAGACUGUUUCGCAAUCGUUGCGAAACGAAACCCACGUGUACACGGAAGAAGAUGCUAGGUUCGUGCACGGACAUGGUGUGGCUUAUCGACUCUGAGGUUUGGGAAAUUGCUGUACAGAUGAAUGGAGUUGGAGCUUAAAACAAGCGUGACAACUUAAACCCUAAGAAACCAAUCAACAACUUACAAUUGUUUUGUCAAUGUGGUUUUAGGAAUUUGUGUUAGCUUCACUAGAGUGCUCUUUGAAUUCAAAACUGAUGAACACAACCUUCAUCUGAUAUAUGAACGAAUAAAUUCAUUUCAA